CUGUUACUGCACCUUUGUAUAUGUCUGAAACAAUUUGACUCAGGGAUCUUCCUGGCUUUUUAAGAGUUUUAUGAGGUGUGCAUCCAGGUGAACCAUUAACAGCAAUAAAGUGACAGUUAAAACUUUGACAAAGUCAUACUGGUAUCAGCUUCAGGCCUUGCUACCUUCAGACUCCGAACCAAAGAGGGAUCAAGCAAAAGGCAGCAGCCUGAUUGACAGGUACUAGUUGAUCAUGAGGAAAUCCAGUCACCAGCACAUUGGCCAGCAUCUUUUAAUUCUUAUUGCAUUAGUAUUAACCACGAAAAUCAAUGGACAACUUCCCAAAGGACCUCUGAAGUCGAUGAGUAUUUCUGUUACUGAGGGAAGCAGCAUUCCGUAUAUGAUAUAUCAGUUUCAACCAACCAACAAAGUUGUAAAGUCAUUUAGGAUGGCUGGUGAGACCCAUAACAGAAUACUUAUGGAAGAGGAUGGCUGGUUGUAUUUCAAUAAAUCGGUGGAUCGUGAAGAACAAGCUGAAUACACCUUACAGAUAGAAGGCCUCAAUGCAGAGAAAAAGGUAGUUGAAGGACCUGUCACAGUGACAAUUGUCAUUGAAGAUAUCAACGACAAUGUGCCUACGUUUACAGAAACUGAGUACAAAAGUGUUGUGUGGCAGAACUCCAGACCAGGCAAGCCCUUCAUGGAAGUAAAGGCCACAGAUUUGGAUGAUCCCAAGACUCCAAAUGGUAAAAUUGAAUACAGCAUCACCCGGCAGGUACCCAGCACAGAUCACGUAUUGCUUUUCCAGAUCGAUAAAGAUACCGGGGCCAUCUCCACUACGGAACAAGGAUACAAAUUACUUGAUCCAAAUGAAGCAAAACAGUACGAUCUAAUCGUUUCUGUGUCGGAUUUAGCUGAGUUACCCCUCAGUAAAAGCACCACAGUAAAAAUCGAUGUUAAGGAGAAUCUGUGGAAAUCACCAGGAACAAUAGAGGUUUUUGAGAAUUCUACUGAACCUUAUCCACAGACGAUCACAAAGGUGCAGUGGAACAUGCCUGGUGCAAUAUUUCAGAUGGAGCUCAAGGACAAGAAGUAUUAUCCCAAUAUUCCAUUCGUAAUUGAUGCCAAUGGUGACAUCAACGUGACAAAACCACUGGAUAGAGAAGAGAUUAGCGAAUAUCUGCUGUUGGUUUACGCUCUGGAUAACAAAAUGGAGAAUCUGGAAGACCCACUGGAAAUUGUGGUCAUCGUGAAGGAUAUUAAUGACAACAGCCCUGUCUGUAAAAGCCCAGUGACAUUCCUCGAGGUGCAAGAAAAUGAAAAGAUGGGAAGCAAUAUUGGACAAUUAAUUGCAAAGGACAUGGAUGACGAAGACACAAAAAACACUUUGUUGAAGUAUGAAAUCAUUGAUCAAGAGCCAAAGAUUCCAGAAGAUAACAUGUUCCAAAUUGGUGACUUUGAUGGCACUAUCCAACGCUUCAAAGGAGCUCUUGAAAAGAAGACUGCACCAGAAUACGUUCUACGAAUCAAAGUUACAGACCAAUUGGGAAGUGAGGGAGGACUAAGCACCGAAUGCCUUGUCAAUAUCUCUGUUAUUGAUAUCAAUGACAAGAUUCCAAUCUUUGAACAGCCACAGUAUGGUCCAAUCGUCUUAAACGAAACCGUUCCUGUAGGUAACACACUAACAGUAAUUCAGGCUACAGAUGAUGACGAGGCUUUUACAGGCAGCUCUGAAAUACUGUACAACAUUGUCGACGGUGACGAAAAUGGAAUUUUCAAAAUAGUAACUGAUGAAAGCAACAAUACGGGAUUGGUGAAGCUGGCUAAGCCUCUGGACUUUGAAUCUCAGUCGAGCUUUGCGUUAAACAUCAGUGCCACAAAUCCCGAGCCCCUCGUUGACGGCGUUUUCUACAACUCAAGCUCGUUCACAGUGCUCCUGAUUAAUGUGACCAAUAAUGAUGAGCCACCGUAUUUCUCAGAAAAAAUAUAUCAAACGUGGGUCUCUGAAGAUGCUUCUAAAGGAGAUUCCGUGCUUAAGGUGAAAGCCCACGAUCCAGAAGGUUCUGAAGUGAGGUACUGGCUAACAAAAGAUCCUCGUAAAUGGUUUUAUAUUAACAAUCGGACUGGAGAAAUUUUUACUCAUGGUAAUUUGGAUAUGGAGAAGGAAAGCCAUUAUAAAAUAGAAGUUACCGCCGUGGAGGAAGGCAAUCGGUUAAGAAAAUCCACCGUGGAUAUCUUCAUCCAUUUAAAAGAUGUAAACGACAAUUCUCCCAGAUUAGCAAAAGACUCCUCCUGGUUUUUCAUUUGCUUGCCAGCUGACGAAGAAAAGACAGUGACGAUCCACGCCGUUGAUGAUGAUGUAGAGCUCGGUCCUCCAUUCGAAUUUGUUCUGGGUGAAGUGGAAGGCAAGCAGUGGACUGUUAAACCAAUCAAUGGUACCCAUGCCUCUGUCAGCAUGAAAUUUGGCAAGCAUGAGGAAGAAACUGAGUAUAAGAUUCCUGUGACAGUUUCUGAUAAUGGCGUCCCACCUCAGAAAGGAAAAGAUUUCAUCACAGUUAAAGUGUGCAAGUGCUCAAAAUACGGAGUGUGCUUUAUUCCAGUAGACAAUCAACCCAGUUAUUCAAAAGCAGGACUUGCAGUCGGAAUCCUUCUUGGAACACUCGCUGUAAUAGGCUUGAUCCUCUUAAUCAUAUUUUUAAAAACUAAACCAAAGAAGCAUGGAAAAGCUGAUCUGACAAAUCGAGUGGAACGGACUGAGAAUGAAACGAUACCUCUGGCUAACGCAUAAUGGCAGAUAUUUAAAAGCCUACUGCACUCAGAAGAAGUUAUCAGAGUCAGCCUUCCAAUCUUAUGAAGAUCCAUUUACAAAACUUUCCAGGGAUUAGUCUUUUUAUUAUAAAACAGGUUUUGAAUAUUAAAAAGUUUCUGCGCGCACGCACACACACACACACACACACACACACACACAAACACACACACACACACACACACACACACAAACACACACACAAACACACACACACACACAAACACACACACACACACACACACACUCACACACACACACAAACACACACACACACACACACACACACACACAAACACACACACAAACACACAAACACACACACACACACACACACACACACACAAACACACACACAAACACACACACACACAC